CACCGCCGGAGUGCAGACGACGGAAGGCAAUUGGGCCCCCAGAAGAGCGGGGGAGAUCGAGCGGUCCGCAUCUGAUUCGAAUCGCCCGGGCAGACCCCUUGUUGCCGCCCGCCCAGCCGCCUAGCGCCGUGGCACCCCCUGCUGUGCACCCCUUGACUUUAAAAGCCACUCAACCCCUCAACGCACAUCAGACCACAAGACACCCAGUAAUUUUGCAGUUGGCCGCUGAACAGCAAAAACCCCUCGAUUUCGCUCUUAGCAAGAGCCGCAAGACUUGCCUGGCUUUGACAGCCGUCGCAAUCGCAGCUUUUGAGAAAGAAUGUCGUUAAAACAGGAAAUCGAGACAUGGGUCGAAGCCCUCAAGUUCUACGAUAACAAUGAGUUCGACGAGGCAUUGAGAUCCUUUGACAGGAUCGCGGAUACCUCCAAGAUCCUGUUCAACAUGGGUGUCAUCAAUGCGACGCUCGGCCAGCACGAGCAGGCGGUUGAGUGCUAUCAACGCGCGAUCAAACUCGACCAGUACCUCGCCGUUGCAUAUUUUCAACAGGGCGUCUCCAAUUUCCUGCUCGGCGACUUCGAAGAAGCUCUGGCGAACUUCAACGACACGCUCCUCUACCUCCGCGGGAACACACUGAUCGACUAUUCGCAGCUGGGUCUGCUUUUCAAGUUGUACUCGUGCGAGGUUCUGUUCAACCGCGGCCUGUGCUACAUCUACCUUGAGCAGAUGGAGUCUGGCAUGCAGGAUCUACAGUACGCAGUCAAGGAGAAGGUGGUGGAGGAUCACAACGUGAUCGACGAUGCGAUUCGGGACGAGGCGAAGGGAUAUACGGUGUUCUCCAUUCCCGUGGGCGUCGUCUACAGACCAAACGAAGCCAAGGUGCGAAACCUGCAACAAAAGGACUACCUAGGAAAGGCCAGGCUAGUUGCUGCCUCGGAUCGCAGUAAUGCUUUCACGGGCUUCGCUGGCAUCGAGAUGCAAAAAGCGUCGGCUGUAAGCGAGGCGAAGGAUGACAGGCCAGCCGAAUCGCUCUCGUUUGCAGCUAGCAACCUCGUCAAGCCGGGCCUGCAGAGCAGGAGACAGCAAUCUGAGCCACCGAACAAUCGCAACGUGUUCCCCCCUACCCCGCCCCCUGAGAACGACAAGCCGGCACAAGUGAGCCGCGGAGCUUCCGUACGCAACGGACCUAAACCGAUUCCGAGCAGGCUCAAUCUCGAGAAAGUGAGGUCGAACGAACGAUACGAAAGGACAUCCCCAGACGGGCAGAGGCCGCGUCCAACUCGCUCCGCAUCAGCCGCUCCGUCCCGCGGCUUCUCUCAGCGUGAGCCACCUGCGCCAAGGAGAAGGAGGGACGAGGAGGAGGAUGCGUACCCAGAUGACGUUUACGAUAUGUACGGCGGUGGUGCCGGCUCUCGGAGCAGCAGGUCGCAGAGGAGCGCCGGUGGCCGGACACGAGACCGGUACAUCGAAGAGGAGGAGGAAGAGGGCAGCGACUACGACGACGCUUCUUUCGAUGAGGGCGAGUUUGAAAUGGUGUCGACCCGCAGGCCUGGCCCUGGGUCCGUCAUGUCGGGAGGGUCAAAGAGGGGUUCUUCGAGGCGAGACGCCCUGAAAACCAUCCGCGUGAAGGUCCACGCUGGAGAUGUUCGCUACAUUGUCGUUGGCCCCGCCAUCGAAUUCCCAGAUCUGGUCACGCGAAUCCAGCAGAAGUUUGAUCUGCGGCGCAGGUUCAAGAUCAAGGUCAAGGAUGAGGAUUCUCCGGAAGGCGAGAUGAUCACGAUGGGUGACCAGGAUGACCUCGACAUGGUGAUGAUGUCGGUCAAGCAAGCUGCGAGGAAACAGAGAUCUGACACGGGGAAGAUGGAGGUGUGGAUUCAGGAAAUAUAAACGACGCCGCCGGGCGAACUUGCGCUUACUGUUUUAUACCCCACCUUGUUGACGCACCAGCGUCUGGGUUU